ACGUGAAAUAUGUCCAUGGCUCAACAAAAUAAGUCAUGACUUUAAAUUUACUUAAACCAUGCAAUGAUUUAUUGUAGAUUUAUAACUUUGAUAUUUUAUGUCUUUUAUGGUCUUUUAUAACUUCUAUAUUUUAUGUCUAUGAAUCUCGAUAUAUAGCCUAUAGCGAAACUAUUUAGCAUUAUUCACCAACACCACAAUAUGUGGGUUAUCACGAAUUCCUUUUGCAUUACUUGACUGGUGGAGGCAGAGAAGCUCCUCCUUUAGUUCAGUUUGAUUGGGCAAUUCGCUUCCUGAGCAAAUCCCUACAGCUAACGUUACUGAAUCGACUCUGUGGUUUGAAAAGUUUUAAGAACAUUUACAGCGUCCUUAACGGAAGAGAAAUACAGCGUCUCACUUCUCCAGCUGGAACCAAAAAAGAAAAUAAAAGAAUUUAACCAGGCAUGAUGACAGAAAAUUCUUCUGACAUGGAUUUCUCUGGAGCUUUGCAGAGACUGGGAGAAAGUGACCCAAAUGCAGCCGUUGCAAAGGCUAAAGAACAACUGGAAAAUCUUGACUCUGUGACUCUGAAUAUUGCUGUGACUGGGGAAACAGGAGCAGGAAAAUCUGCUUUCAUUAAUGCGUUUCGAGGUCUGGGUGAUGAUGAUGAUAGUUCUGCUCCAACUGGGUUAACUGAAACCACAAAGCAAAUUACCAUGUACACCCAUCCCACGAAAUCAAACGUCAGACUGUGGGACCUGCCGGGCACUGGUAUGCCAAAUUUCAAGGCUAACAAAUUCCUCAAAGAAGUUAAAUUUGAGACAUAUGAUUUAUUUGUCAUCAUUUCCUCUGAGAGGUUCAAGGAAAAUGAUGUCUUUUUGGCCAAGGAGAUUCAAAAAAAGAAGAAAAUGUUUUAUUUUGUGAGGACCAAGAUUGAUAAUGACAUUCGCUCAGUAGCACAGAGAAGAAAUUUCAAUGAGCAGCAGACACUUUGCACAAUUAGAGAGGACUGCAACAGAAAUUUGAAAGAAGUAGGAAACCCCAAGGUGUUUCUGAUAUCCUCUUAUGACCUGGGAAAAUAUGACUUCCAAGAUCUGGUAGAUACCCUAGAGUUUGACCUUUCAGAACACAAGAGAUUUGCUCUGGUUCAGUCUGUGCCUGUGUGCUCUCUGGCAAUGCUAGAAAAGAAGAAAGAGGCUAUGAAGAAGUUGAUUUGGCUUGCAGCAUUGGCCUCAGGUUUGGGUGCUGUUGUCCCUGUCCCUUUAGUACCUUUGGCUAUUGACAAAACCGUAAUGAUGACCUAUCUCUCAGGUUGUCAUUACAUUCUGGGUUUGAAUGAGAAAUCACUCAUCACACUGUCAGAGAGAACGAACAAGCCUCUCUCACAGCUGCAAUCAGCUAUAAAGUCUCCUGUAGCAUUAGCAGUGGUAAACAGACUGGGCAUUAGGCCUCGUACAUCUAUGACAAAACCAGUGAAAAGCUUAGAGGAUCUGCUAGAUAGUAGAUUUAUUGUUACCAGUAUUCAGAAUGCAGCUGAGGCCUUCAAAACGACAUACACUGUCUUGAGUGAAGCUCUAAAUGAGAUGACAAGUGACAUGAGACAGGUUCUCCAAGUCGCAGGUUUGGAUGAGUGAAAUCAAGCUGGUACAGCAAAGAGAUGUUUACAGAAACUGUUUAUGUUAAAUCAGAACAUCAAACCUUGUUUAUUAGCCAUAUAUAUGCACUAGAUAGUUGUCCCCCAGAAAAGGAAAAUGGCUGGAGGAAAGUUACAUUGAAUAUUGUCAAGUAAUGUUCUUCAUACUGUUAUUAAGGGGCUUGUUAAAUGGAAUGGAAUAUAGAAUAUGUAUUUUAACAACAUAAAAUGUCUAAAAAUGUGGGAA